GUGUUUCAGUUGGGGGGCUUGGUGAUAAGCGAAGAAGGCUCGCACCCACCGCCAACUAGGAAGCUGCAGUUGGAGUGAAACACGGAUACGUGACAACACGAUUACCUGUAAUCUUAUCCAGCUAACGGGAUUCUUAUCGUUUACAUCCAGUCUGUUUGUCGUGAGGUGAGGAGGUCAAAAUGUCUUCGGUGGACUUGGAGAAGCUGAAGAUGACGGGGGCUGGUCGGGCCAUCGCGGUGCUGACCAGCGGUGGAGAUGCACAAGGAAUGAACGCUGCCGUCCGAGCCGUGGCCAGGAUGGGCAUUUACGUCGGGGCCAAGGUUUAUCUUAUCCACGAGGGAUACCAAGGUUUGGUUGAUGGCGGAGACAACAUCAAGAUAGCUCACUGGCAUAGCGUGACUAACAUUAUCCAACUGGGCGGCACUGUGAUAGGUAGCGCCCGCUGCCAGUCCUUCACAACCCGCGAGGGGAGGAUUUCCGCAGCAUUCAACCUGGUGAAGAAAGGCAUCACCAACCUGUGCGUUUGCGGUGGUGACGGUAGUCUCACUGGGGCCAACACCUUCCGCAGCGAGUGGAGCAACUUGCUGGAUGAGCUUGUGCAAAAAGGAAGGAUCACCGACACGCUAGCUAAGGAGCACAGCCACCUGAACAUCGUCGGGCUCGUGGGCUCCAUAGACAAUGACUUCUGCGGUACUGACAUGACCAUCGGCGCCGAUUCUGCCCUGCAUCGCAUCAUGGAGAUCGUCGACGCCAUCAUGACAACCGCAAAUAGCCACCAGCGCACUUUUGUUCUUGAAGUCAUGGGCCGUCACUGUGGGUAUCUGGCUUUGGUGUCGGCGCUGGCAUCUGGAGCAGACUGGCUCUUCAUACCAGAAUCUCCUCCACUCGAUGGAUGGGAGGAUCACAUGUGUGCACGUCUUGAAAAAAGCCGCAACAAGGGGUCAAGACUUAACAUAAUUAUUGUCGCAGAGGGAGCCAUUGACUCCCAUGGGAAGCCCAUCUCCUCAGCUUACAUUAGAGAUCUGGUGGUGAAGCGGCUGGGCUACGACACCAGGGUGACCGUACUCGGCCACGUUCAGAGAGGAGGGACUCCAUCAGCCUUUGACAGAAUACUGAGCAGCAAAUUGGGCGUGGAAGCAGUUGUCGCCCUACUGGAGGCGACCCCCGAAACCCCGGCCUGUGUCAUCGGUCUGUCAGGCAACCAAGCCGUCCGCCUGCCACUUAUGGAGUGUGUGGAAAUGACUAAGCUUGUGCAGAAGGCCAUGACUGAGAAGAGGUUUGAUGAAGCUGUGAAACUCCGUGGAGGGAGUUUUGAGAACAACUGGAACAUCUACAAGCUUCUUGCCUUCCCAAAGCCAGUGCUGACUCCGACCAAUUUCUCUGUGGCUAUUCUGAAUGUGGGGGCUCCGGCUGGAGGGAUGAAUGCAGCUGUGAGGUCAGCUGUUAGGGUUGCACUUGCCCACGGACACAAGGUCUACGGGGUCCACGAUGGCUUUGAAGGUCUUGCCAAUGGAGAGAUAUUUGAAAUGAAGUGGCACAAUGUGGCUGGAUGGACAGGCCAAGGAGGCUCACUGUUGGGAACAAAGCGAACCCUUCCUGCAAAAAAUAUGGAGAAGGUCGCACAGAACAUUGCUAACUUGAACAUCUCAGCUCUGCUGAUCAUCGGAGGAUUUGAGGGUUACGAAGGUGUGCUGCAGCUGUAUGAAGCCCGGGGUCACUACGAUGAGCUCUGCAUCCCCAUGUGUGUCAUCCCAGCCACCAUCAGCAACAACGUCCCUGGAACUGACUUCAGUCUGGGAGCGGACACUGCUGUCAACGCUGCCAUGGAGGGAUGUGACAAAAUCAAGCAGUCUGCCUCUGGGACCAAGAGACGAGUGUUUGUGGUGGAGACGAUGGGGGGGUUUUGUGGCUAUCUGGCAACGUCCACCGGAAUAGCCGUGGGAGCCGACGCUGCUUACAUCUUCGAAGAAUCGUUCAGCAUCCAUGACCUCAAGACCAACGUGGAACAUUUAGCAGAAAAGAUGAAGAAGGACAUCCAGCGAGGCCUGGUGCUGAGGAAUGAAUUCUGCCAUGAGAACUACAACACAGACUUCAUUCACAGGCUGUAUUCUGAAGAAGGAAAAGGUGUUUUUGACUGCAGAGUCAACGUGUUGGGACAUCUCCAGCAGGGAGGGGCCCCUACUCCCUUUGAUAGAAACUUUGGUACCAAGUUGGGUGUGAAGGCCACACAGUGGAUUUCAGAGAUGCUGACGGAAAACUACAGACAAGGUCGCGUGUUUGCCAACUCCCCAGAAUCGGCGUGUGUGCUCGGUCUCAACAGGAAGGUGGUCUCGUUCAUUCCCGUCACCGACCUGAAGUCCAUCACAGACUUUGUGCACCGGAUGCCCACUGUUCAGUGGUGGUUCAACCUGCGGCCGAUGCUGAAAAUGUUGGCCAGGUACCAAACCAAUUUCUGUGAAUACGUCCCGGGAGAGAUCGCACAUGUGACUCGACGCUCACUCAGUAUUGAUGCGGGGUACUAACAGCCCUGUACGCCGUCUAACCCGUAUAUCUCCAUCCUUUCUCUUCAACAGUGUAGUGCGUCAGUUCCCUCCCUCCAAACGUCCUGAGUCCUGUGCAUCAAUGUAAAAUUGCUCUGUUUGUGUCUGUGCAGACAGAUUUACACCAAGCUUUGGGAGAUUUCCUGUGCUCAGAUUGAAGCUUUCCUCCUGCACCAGUUUGAUUAACUGUCACUUUGUACUCUAAAAUUUGUCAUGCUUUGAUUUUGUCCAAGAUGUUUUCUAAGAACAAAUCCAUUUUUACUGCCUAUCAUGUUUUUGCCAAGACUAAAGGCACUGAUCUUGAGUAAAAAUGGGAUUACACUCUCAUUAUAAAAUACUUCAACUCAGGCUCAAGUGUCUUAAUAACCACAGAUUGAUCAAAAUACUAACCAGUCAAGUUUUCAUUUAUUGAUGUCAGUUUUUAUUACAGAGAAUGCUUUUACAUUCCGAGGUGCUCGUGAGGCUUUCUCUGCUCAAACUGCUGCUACAGACGACCAGGUGUGCUACGGACCCAAGGUUUAUAUGUGAUUCCCUAACUAUAAUGCAUGGAAAUCUGAAUGUAAAUGGUGUGCUGUAUUUCUAACUUAAAAAUUCCUGUUGAAGAAAAGGAAACAUGCUGAGCCAUAAAGAAAACCAUCAGGAGCCUUUAACAGGUUUCGAACACAUUCCUACAGAGAAACACAACUUACUCAAACCUCUACGUUCAUAAACUCAGUAUUUUAUCGUACUAACGUGACUGUGUGACUCAAGAAAGAUGUUCAUUUCUUUUCUGUAAUGUAUUAGACUGAACCAAUGCCUCUGCCACUUUGACAGCUGAACAAGUCAGGGAUUUAUCAACAAUGUGUUACACUGUAAAAAGCUGUAAACUUCAAAACUGCUUUACUUUAAUAAGAGACAUCUACAAAGAUCUAUAAACUGUAUUAAGACUCUAACUUCAGUAAAUGUUAUCAAACUAUAACAAA